GCAUGGCACAGCCCCCUAUAGGAGGCUGCACCAAUCGCCUCCAUCUGACCAGAAUUAAGUGUCAAACGGAGCUCCUCUCUCACACUCUGGACCGCAUCAUAACUUUGGAGAGGUGGGAAAACCGCGCUGACAUUUCUUUCAGUUUCACAGGCGCUGCUACAGGGACGCGCAGCCGGUGACCCAUGGAGAAAUCCAAGAACUUUCGCAUUGAUGCGAUUUUAGCCGUCGAUACACCAAAGAUGCAGACGUCACCGCUCGCGCUUGUGACUUCUCUGUCUUCAUCCUCCUCUUCUCCCUCCAUCCCAACCUCUGGAAGCGUGGCAGCCCCGGAGCUGAGCACCAGCGCCGACUCUUUACGCGCUGAGACGCCGUCUCCUCCGAGGAUUUCCACCUGCGGGUUGAUUCCUAAGCCAGGCUUCUUCAACAGCCCGCACGGCAUGGUGGGACUGCACCCACAGAGCACCGCAGGGAUCCCGGCUCAGGCUCUUUACGGACAUCCCAUGUACACCUACUCCGCAGCUGCGCUCACAGGCCAACACCCUGCGCUGUCCUACUCCUACCCACAUGGCUCACAUCACCAUCACACCAGCGAUCCCAUCAAAUUAACAGCCAGCACUUUUCAGCUGGACCACUGGCUCCGCGUCUCCACUGCUGGGAUGAUGCUUCCAAAAAUGUCUGACUUUAAUUCUCAGGCCCAGUCCAACCUGCUCGGGAAGUGCAGAAGACCGAGGACAGCCUUCACGAGUCAGCAGCUGCUGGAACUGGAGCAUCAGUUCAAACUGAAUAAGUAUUUGUCCCGACCAAAGCGCUUUGAGGUGGCCACGUCCCUGAUGUUGACAGAAACGCAGGUCAAAAUCUGGUUCCAAAACAGACGCAUGAAGUGGAAGCGCAGCAAGAAGGCCAAAGAACAGGCCGCCCAGGAGGCCGAGAAGCAAAAAGGAUCCAAGAGCGGCCAGGAAAAAGCGGACGGACUCGAUCAGUCGGACUAUCACGCCAAGACAGACUCGAGGAACGGCAGAAUAAGAGACUUCCGGGACAGUGACGACGAGGAGGGCGACACGUUCCUCUACAACUCCUCAGACUGCUCUUCAGACGACGAGCGGAAUCACAACAGCGACAUCAGUCCGCAGCCGUGAAGCUGCGCAAAACAAGACGAACUUUUCUGUUUUUGGAAACACUUGCAUGUAAUUCAAUUCACUACCAUGGAACAACCGAAAUCAUGAGUUUAAAACUGAUGUUUUUGUAAGCAAUAACAGGCUCUCUUUUUUCCAGCAUCCUCCUGUUGCGCUCGGCUGUGAUCUGUGAAGCUGCAUGGCUCUAGGAUUUGCAGAAUUAACCUGAUUAUUUUUCCCGAAAAAUCUAACAUUUUAUUGCGUUUAUCUAUUUUUGUGCUGCCAAAUCUUUUGGUAAACCUCUUAUUGUUUAUUUUUCUAAAAUGUAUUUAAAAAUGGAACUCAUACAGGUGCAUGCAUAUUUUUUAGCCUCUCUCCAGCUGUCAAAACAUAAAAAUAAACUUUUAUAUCAAAGGUGACUGUAGCAUGAUUGUGGCCGCAGGCACGCAUGUAAAGAGGACAAGUGCUGCUGCAUGCAUGUCCUCUUUGAAGGCGCACAGUCCCUGGAUUCAUGAUUUAGUGGCGCAGCUUCAGCCAGCUGUUUUUUCCUCCUCUGACAGCUCGGGUCAUGGGAAUCACUGUUAAUAGCGCUGUCGGAUCUGUGCAAACGUGCAGCGAGAGCAAACAGCAAGUAGGUAGUGAGACGCAGGAAACAUUUCACACCACACUAGCAAUGGUCUCGUAUUAAUAAAACCCUUUAAAAGGCGUGCUCAGUGCGGUUUUGGCCGCAGGGUGAGGCCUGAAAUCAUUUUCAAGUCAUGACCUGACAAGGAAAAAUGUCAACAUUCAUCCAAGAGA